AUGAUCGGCUUCCGCAAAGCACUCGUUUUCAGUACCUUAAUCCUGGGAGCUUUCAGCUCCUCCAGACACAGUCAAGAUGACAAGUCGUUGGUCAAUUGGGAAUCAUUCCAGGCUCUACUCGACGCCGUCGACCCAGCUGCUCUGCAUUCCGUCCUGCAUCAGCUAUCUCCCAAGUUCAAAGACGGUGUCUUCAGCAAAGACCGUGCAGCCAUUGAGCACGUCCACUCCGAAAAUCCCAUUAUCGCCACGAAGUUGGUGCAUUUGGCAAAGAAAAGACAGGAGAGUAACUCCACCACCACCGCCACUUCGACAGCAUCAACACCGGCUCAGAGCAGUGUCGACGAACAGUCCAGCUCCAGAGCGGCCAGUGUAUCAUCCAUACUCUCCUCUGCCAUCCUCGCCUCAACUGUUCCCGCCGCCACCACUGUGACUGUUGCUCCUUCGACCCCUCCGUCUGCCACUCCGAUCGAGACUUCUGAUGGCGCUGUCGUCUACAGCACAUUUGGAGGUGGUCUGGUCACCUUGACAUCUUCUGCCGUGGGUGUUCAUUUUACGCCCAGCACAUCCACACACUUGUACUACACCACGGCGGACGAUGGUUCCGUCAUGACCUCGACUUCGGUGGUGGUUGUAAAUGCCCCUGUGACCGAUAAUCCUGAUGCCACUGGAGCCGCCGGAGCCGCGGCGACCACGGAAAGCAACCCUGGUCUUCAAAACAGUGCUUCGUCAGUCAAGAUCACGGGGUUCGUCAUGACCCUCGUCGGACUUGGGGCAUGGCUCUUUGCCCUAUAA